GCAGCUGGUGGGCGAUUCUGCCGCCACCCCAGUGGCGGUGGCGCCGCCUCCAGCAGCGGUUGACGGCGCGGAGGAGGUGGCCGCGGUGACGGCAGCGGGGGCGGCGGCAGCGGGGGCGGGAGGUCCCGGCAGCAAGUGGAAGCUGCUGAAGGCGCUCAAGGAGCGCAAGGCUGAGGAGAAGAUACACGAAGCGGCCGUCGCGGCGACCCCGGGCGCCAGCACGUGCGCCAGCACGGCCGCUUCUAAUGGAGCGGGAGUUGGCAGUGAAAGUGGCGGUCGAGGAAAUGGCCAUCCUGGAGAUAAUACAUUCUACAGUAACAUCGACAGUAUGCCAGACAUUCGACCCCGGCGGAAGUCCAUACCACUUGUCUCAGAACUUACAAUGGCAGCAACCAAGCGUAAUGCCGGGCUGACAUCUGCAGUUCCCAGAGCCACUCUUAAUGAUGAAGAAUUGAAAAUGCAUGUGUACAAGAAGACACUGCAAGCCCUCAUCUACCCAAUAUCCAGCACAACACCCCACAACUUUGUUCUGUGGACAGCGACAUCACCAACUUACUGCUACGAAUGUGAGGGUCUGCUUUGGGGCAUUGCAAGACAAGGGGUUCGCUGUACAGAAUGUGGUGUGAAAUGUCACGAGAAAUGCAAGGACCUGCUGAAUGCUGACUGCUUGCAAAGGGCUGCUGAGAAGAGUUCAAAACAUGGAGCUGAAGACAAAGCAAAUAGUAUCAUCACUGCCAUGAAAGAACGUAUGAAGCAGAGAGAACGAGAGAAGCCGGAAAUAUUUGAACUUAUCAGGGCUGUAUUUGGAGUUGAAGAAAAAAGUCACAUUGGGCACAUGAAAGCUGUGAAACAGUCCGUAUUAGAUGGUACCAGCAAGUGGUCAGCAAAAAUAGCCAUAACAGUUAUCUGCGCCCAGGGUUUGAUUGCAAAGGAUAAAAGUGGAACAUCUGAUCCAUAUGUUACUGUACAAGUUGGAAAAGUUAAGAAGCGGACCAAGACCAUGCCACAAGAGCUCAAUCCAGUUUGGAAUGAAAAAUUUUAUUUUGAAUGUCACAACUCAUCAGAUCGUAUCAAAGUCCGAGUGUGGGAUGAAGAUAAUGAUCUCAAAUCCAAACUGAGGCAGAAACUUACACGAGAGUCUGAUGAUUUUCUUGGACAGACUAUUAUUGAGGUCCGAACACUUUCUGGGGAAAUGGAUGUGUGGUACAACCUCGAGAAGCGCACUGACAAGUCUGCUGUGUCCGGUGCGAUUCGCUUACAUAUAAGUGUUGAAAUUAAGGGUGAAGAAAAGGUCGCACCUUAUCAUGUACAGUAUACAUGUCUUCAUGAAAACUUGUUCCAUUCUCUAUGUGAAGAGAACAGCGGAAUGGUCAAAUUACCGACAGCAAAAGGGGAUGAUGCUUGGAAAGUGUACUUUGAUGAAGCAGCAGAAGAAAUUGUUGAUGAAUUUGCCAUGAGAUAUGGCAUUGAAUCAAUAUAUCAAGCUAUGACGCACUUUCAUUGCUUAUCAACAAAGUACCUGUGCCCUGGAGUGCCUGCUGUGAUGAGUACUCUUCUUGCCAACAUUAAUGCAUAUUACGCACACACUACAGCAUCUUCUGCUGUAUCAGCAAGUGACCGCUUUGCAGCGUCAAACUUUGGGAAGGAGAAAUUUGUUAAGCUGCUGGACCAAUUGCACAAUUCACUUCGGAUAGAUUUGUCAAUGUACCGCAACAACUUUCCAGCAUCGAGCCAAGAAAAACUUAUGGAUCUUAAGUCUACUGUGGAUCUGCUCACCAGCAUCACUUUCUUUCGCAUGAAAGUCCAAGAACUUUCUAGUCCUCCACGUGCAAGCACAGUUGUGAAAGACUGUGUAAAAGCAUGUCUUCGAUCUACAUAUCAGUUCCUCUUUGAGAACUGUUAUGAGCUUUACAACAGAGAAUUCCAGGUCGACCCAAAUGAAGCCAAAAGGGACCAAGAGGAUCACGGGCCUCGCCUGGAUAGUUUGGAUUUCUGGCACAAACUUAUUGCACUCAUAGUGUCCGUCAUAGAAGAAGACCGCAAUAGUUAUGCUCCUGUACUGAAUCAAUUUCCUCAGGAGCUCAAUAUUGGCCAGUUGUCUGCAGCAACAAUGUGGAGCCUUUUUGCUGUCGAUAUGAAGUAUGCUUUAGAAGAACAUGAGCAGCACCGCCUUUGCAAAUCAUCAGCAUACAUGAACUUACACUUCAAAGUGAAGUGGUUACACACUAAUUAUGUGAAGGAUGUGCCUCCAUAUAAAGGAUCGGUUCCAGAGUAUCCAGCGUGGUUUGAACCAUUUGUUAUGCAGUGGCUUAAUGAGAAUGAUGAUGUAUCACUGGAAUACCUGCAUGGAGCAUUUACUAGAGACAAGAAGGAUGGUUUCCAGAGAAGCAGUGAACAUGCACUUUUCUCAAAUUCAGUUGUUGAUGUGUUCACCCAGUUGACACAGUGCUUUGAUGUUGUUUCAAAGCUUGAAUGCCCUGAUCCUGAGAUAUGGAAACGCUACAUGAAACGUUUUGCCAAGACAAUAGUAAAAGUAUUGGUAGAGUAUGCUGACAUCGUCAAAAAGGAGUUUCCUAUUCAUCUCAAGGAGGAGCGAAUAGCUUGCAUACUGAUGAAUAACAUACAGCAACUGCGUGUACAACUAGAAAAAAUGUUUGAAUCAAUGGGAGGUGAAAAACUUGAAGAAGAUGCAGCUAACAUUUUAAAAGAGUUGCAACAAAAUCUAAACUCUGCUUUGGAUGAUCUGGCAGUGCUUUUUGCAACAAGCCUGGAGCCUCGUAUAACAGCAAGUGUGAAAGAACUAGGAGACUUACUUUUAGCUAUCAAAGGAGGAGGGCAGGUUACACUGAAUCAGCCAUCUCAGAGACAUGCUGUGGCAGCAGAAGCAGAUGAAGUGUUGAGACCACUUAUGGAUUUGCUUGACGGAUCACUAUCACUGUAUGCUGAAUCGUGUGAAAAAACAGUUCUAAAGAGACUGUUGAAAGAGCUGUGGAAAAUAGUUAUGAGAAUACUGGAGAAGACUGUUGUGCUUCCUCCAAUGACAGACAAAAGUAUGAUUUUAAAGAACCUCACAGAUAAUGCCAAGAAUUUGGCUGCAAAUGCGAAGAUUGAAGACAUGUCUCGUCUUUUCAAGAACCACAUGGCUGGAAAACAGGAUGUAAAAAACGCUCUUAGUGGAGUAAUGGACAUCUCAAAAGAAGUCGAGAAGAAUCUCUCGCCAAAGCAGUGUGCUGUGCUUGAUGUGGCACUGGAUACAAUCAAACUAUAUUUCCAUGCAGGUGGUAAUGGAUUGAAAAAAGCAUUCUUGGAGAAAAGCCCUGAGCUCCAGUCACUUCGUUAUGCUCUCUCACUGUACACACAAACAACAGAUACUCUAAUAAAGACAUUUGUCACAACUCAGACAAAUGAAGUUCCACUUAACAACAAAUCAAACCUUAGACAACGUUCAAUAUCCAUUGAACGUGAAGAGGAAGAGGGAAUGGAAGGGCUAGAAGAGCCUCUGAAAGCCAAGAAACGUAGGGAAUCACGCCAAGAAGCACAGAGUAUUGAUGAGGGUAGUGUGGGAGAAGUUUCCAUACAAGUGGAUCUGUUCACUCAUCCAGGAACUGGAGAACAUAAAGUGACAGUCAAAGUGGUGGCAGCCAAUGACUUAAAGUGGCCCACAGUAACGGGAAUGUUCCGGCCAUUUGUGGAAGUUAAUCUCAUUGGACCUCAUUUAGCUGAUAAAAAACGAAAGCAUGCAACCAAAUCUAAAUCAAACAACUGGUCUCCAAAGUACAAUGAAACUUUUCAUUUCAUUAUUGGAAAUGAAGAGCAGCUGGAUUACUUUGAACUUCACAUAUGCAUCAAAGACUACUGUUUUGCUCGGGAAGAUCGUUUAGUUGGUGUAGCUGUAAUGCAGCUCAAAGACAUUGUGGAGCAGGGUUCAUGUGCAUGUUGGCUCUCACUGGGGAAAAGGAUACAGAUGGAUGAAACAGGUUGGACAAUUUUGAGAAUAUUAUCUCAGCGAACGAAUGAUGAAGUAGCAAAAGAAUUUGUCAAACUGAAGUCUGAUGUCCGGACGGAAAAUCCUUUACCGAACCCAACGUGAGAGUCCUGGGAUUGAUAGGUUAGUGAAUGGAAAUGACUCCUCCACCGUCCGGCAAUAUUUGCCACAAAAAAGCAGAAGAAAUGUGAAGUGAAAUGUGUGUGCAGUGAAGUUUGUUAGGUAACUAUGGCUUUAAGUGAGCUGGUACAAAUUACCAUUGAUCACAAAAAAUAAAUAAAUAAAUAAAUAAAUAAAAAAAGAGACAGUAUAAAGAUUUGGAAAAACCAACACCAUUCCAUGUGAUUGCUAAUCGAAAGGAGGAAACUGCAAUAGCAGAAGUUUUUACAAAAGGAAUCGCACAUAAUAUAAUUACAGAAAUGAAGGAAAUGAAACAGCUUUUGUAUUUCAUUUACAAAUUAUCUUUUAAAGAAAAAAGUAAUAAAAUUUAUCCCAAAAAAUGCUUGUUUUGCUGGUUCAAGCAACAUACAAGACCAUAUUCUGAAUUUCUGUAAUCACAGGAACUGUCAAAAGUUUUCAGCAAUACACAAAUGUGCUAUUGUUAAAUGUUUGGCGAUGUACAUGGCUUGAAAAGACUUUAUUCAGUGAAUGGAAAUUGUGACCAAGUGAUGUUAAUGUGCUUCAAGGACACAUUGUCUGUUACCCAUGUGCUCUCCUCACAUUUUCAUAACUAGACCAAUGGUUACAAUGUAUACAUAGACUCCAAAGACAAGAUGUGCUUUUUUGAAAAACUUUUGCAUCUUGUCUUGAAUGAAACUGCAUUUUAUUAUUCUAAAUGCUCCAACAAAGCACCAAUAAUGUGCCCCCUCAUUAAGUUCCAUGUGAGACAUUGUUAAAAUAUUUCAUGUUCUCUUUGCUUCAGAACACUGGUAUCCAACUAUUUCACUGUGAUAUUUUUGAGGCUACCUGCCUUCCAGCCUCUUUGACAGGUCAUAUCGACCACUUAAGAUCUCUAUUUCUCUCUUUAUCUUCCAUAACACAGUAAUAGCUUUUUAAAGAAAAAUGUAUGCUCAUGUGCGUAUGCAUGUACAUAAAAAUUAGAUCACUUAUAAAAACUCAGUCACAAAUGAUUUACGUAUUCUGUUAUCCUCAUCAGAAAUUAUAAAGCAGCAGUCAUGGAUCACGUUAUUUUUGUUACAGUGAUGUUACUGAGUAUGAUUCAAUUGUUUACUGACUACGAAUGCUUGUAAAUAAAAUCUCAGCCUUGAGCAGUAUAAGGAAGAUGUUCAUUUUCUGUUUGGUUGUAUUGAUAAAAAGCAGCAUAAUAUCAUUACUAAUAACACAAUGAAGUUAUAAUUCUACAAUUACAUAGAAGUGAUAUAUGUGAUGCAGCUUUGAAGAGAAAUUUUUGUUGUAAGAAGUUCUCUGCAAUAAAAAGGCUGAUGAGAAUGACAUGUUUAUGUAAUCAGACUUUGAUAUUUCAGUUAAAAUAAUUUCAUUUGUUGUAUCAUCAUUUGCAUAAUCUCCUUAACAUAAAUACUUGUGCCUACACAGUGUAUGUGAACAAGAAACUAAAACAAAAUUCUGCUGCAUUGUUUGUUAUAACUAUAUACAAAAAUGUUGUCUGGGUGGUAGUGAAACAUCAGUUGAAAACAUCCCAUAAUAAUGUUUAUUGCAUUGUUUCCUACCUUUGUCAUGCUUUGUUACUGCCAUAUAGAUUACUGAAGGUGUUGUAGCAGUUUGUAAGCACAUUGAAUCUUGAAGAUAACUAUUUUUAUAUGUCACAUUUUCAGACUCUGAAGAAAGUAAUGAAUUUUUCUGUCUACAUGACUAUCUCAGUUCAUGUGCACAAAAUACUUUUUUGUAAGUUCAGUUUAUUUCAUAAGAGAAAUAUUAUUAAAUAAUUUCAUAGAGUAUGUGCAUAUUUUGCUAGUAUUAUGGAUUAUACACAAAUUUCCUGUGGUUUUGUCUGCAUUACAUCUGUGUUCCAUUUACAGUUAAAAAGUGGGUUCAUGAAUUACCUUUGUAAAGAGAUGCAGUUUUGCCUACAGGGCAACAGCUUAUAAUUGUGAAACAUGUUGAAAUAUGUUUGCAACAAGUACAGCAAACUAUUAAAGCUUUCGAAAGAGAGACAUAUGUAAUGCACUGAGACCUUCCCAUUUACAAGAUUAAUUGUCGUGUGCUUAGUUUUAGUUUCUAGUUCACAAAAAUAUUCAGUCAGAUAAUUUAGUACUUAUGAUUAUUAAAAGAAAUAGAUUUGAUAGGAAGAUGCUAGAUGCCUCUGAUGGGAACACUUGAAGGAUGCAGGUAGUCAGACAUCUUUAACAAAUUUUACACAUAUUAUUUGCCAUUCGUGCCAGUAGGUUAUCUUUAUUUAAAUAUAAUUGCCUGGUCACUCGAAGUCGUCAUUGAUCCUUUGAGUUCUGCUUCUAAUCUGUUAAUCUUGUUUCCACUUUGGUACCACAAAUACAUUUCAGUUUUUCUCCUGAGGCAUACACUACGUAGAAUUCUAGACUACUUUUUGUAAUCAUGCUAUGAGUAAAGUUUGUGUUAAAUACUUGCUUACAAGUACAAAAUGGGGCCAAAAAGCAAAGUAUACUUAUCUUUUAUUCAGACAGCAAAUAAUGUGUGCAGAGAUAUUUGAAUGACACAUUUUAAGUACAAAAUCUUUGUAUUGCUAUCAGAUUGUAUCAGCUGAUAUAAAUUAAUCACAUAGUUCCAGAAAAUCAUGUUUUUACAAAUGCUGAAUGUGAUACAGAGGUAUCUGUUAUACUUUUGCAAGCCCAAUAGUUUUUUUUUUCUUUCUUUAUUUCCUUUUUUUUAAUUGUACCCUGUGCUUUCUUACAUGGAUUCCGAUGACCUGCAGAGAAAUUAGAGAAAUCGGUUAAUUCUAGUGAUAAGGAAACAGAAUUAUGGAAAAUUUUAAUAGUACACACCAGUGUACUUCAACAGACCAUAUUGUUUAAUUUAAUUUCCCAACAACCCAUAUUGUUUUAGUGAACUCUCCCAUAUACGUUUUUCUCAUGUCUUUAUUUUUCCAAUUUUAAUGGAAUUAAAUUUACACAUAAUUGAUAUGCAAUAUAAUUCAAUUUACAGUGGUAACAUUGAAACAGAAAUAUUUCUUGAAGAAUAGAACUUCAUUCAAAAUCAGCUAAAGUAAUUAAUUUAAUAGAACAGUAACAUAGUGAACCUCAAAUUUAAACUUAUGUUGAAAAGCACAAAAAUGAAUGAAAAUUCUGUUUUGUGGCUAUUUGAAUAAGCACGUAGUCUGGAAUGGAAAUGCAGCCAUUUGAGUGGAAACAGUUUCAUAAAUUAAUUUUGCAUGUGUUACAAAUAUGAACUUUCAGUUUCAGGUUCAUUUAAUAUUUUUUAUUCUCUGAACUACAGUACACUAGAAAUAAAACAUCAAAUUUAUAUUUAUUAUUGUGAUUUCUUACAAAGGAAACAUUUUUGUACUCCGAAACACAUUGUAAUGAAAACAUUAGUGUGUUAAGUAAAAUAUAUUCACUAAGAAGUCAGACUUGUUACCUGCAACAGAAAAAAAAUCAGAAAGAUUAAAAAGGAAUACAGCAUGUCCGUUGUAGUGAUAUUAUCAGUUCCUAAAUACAUCAGUGGUCAUUGAAAUAAGUUUAAAUGUCAUCACAAAUAAAUGAAUCAGAAACACAGACAUAUGAUAGAAAGUUUAUUCCAUACAUAAAUAUAUUACUUGGCCUUAAGGUACUGGCAGUUCUUUUUCUGAAUCACUGAGUCAGUAUAUUUAUGUAACUAUAUGGGACUUACCUUUUCAGGAAAAAUUAAUUAAAUCACACUUCUUCUAAAAUUAUUAUACUAACCUGCAUCAUCUUUCAUUAAAUUCUUAUCAAUUAUGGUUCCUGUCAAGUAUCUUAGCUUGUUCCUUUCAAAUUAUAUCUAAUGCUUAUAGUAUUACUCUUUUCAAAUAGUUCAUUUUUUAUUUUUAGUGUCUAUAAUAUAAUGUUUUGAUAUAAAUUGCAGUACAUUAAAUAUUUUAAAUGAACCAAAAAUGAAACUGUUACACUUACUGACAAUACAGUAUUUACUAUUGUCUGCAUGACAUUUCAAAAGAUGUUAAGAUAGAUUUUAAAUUCUACCAGUAGGCAUAAUUAUAAUCAAAAGGCAGAAACUACAAUAUCUGAGAAUGUUUGAAGUUUAUUUUGAAUUGCAAUCUGCCUGUGCUGUUCUUUUGUAUUUUUGUCAUAUCUCUAGUCAUAAUAUAAACUAUAUGAAAAUCAUGUCCCAAUGCUAUUGUUCUUUGUUAUAAACAAGAGGACAGAUAAAAAUGUUGUUAAAAGUACAUUUUUCUAUAUGAAUGUGUAAACACUAAAUUAAUUUUAGUGUAGCAAGUAACUAAAAAUUCCAGCUACGUAAGAAACAUUUUUGAAUGAGCAUGUAAUUAUUACUGUAUUGUAUAAACUAUGAUAAAUAUAAUUCUCCUGUUCUUCCAUUAUAAUUGAAAAGUGCUCUAUUGGUGUGAUGACAUGUUGAUAUUUCAACUUCCUGUAGCCACACUUUGUUGGAAAAAUAUGUUCGAGAUUUUUUUUGUGAACACAAGUCUUUGUGGUAUUUUCUAACUGAUAAAGUGGAUUUUACUUUUACUGCAUAAUUAAAUGCAUGUUGCAGGCCAUAAGCACCAUGUGGAAGCUUUAUUCAGAAAAAAGUGUUUAUAGUCAUGGAACAAAGUAUACUGACAUUUGAGUAACAAAGAAUGAUGCUAUUCAUGAAAUAUGACACCCAAUAAAUAGAAGUCAUACUUGUAUGAAAGCUCAUUAUGAAUACAUAGUAGCAUCUGAUAGCAAUACUAGUGAUUUUUAAAAAGAUAAAAUUUAGUCCAACAAAUUCACCCAUUUCUUUGCUCCUAUAUUUUGCUAUGUAAGAAAGAGCGAUCAAAGAGUAAAAAGACUUCAACUUUUAUUUCAAUGUGCCAGUUUGUUUCAUUUUUAUGUGUGAUUGAGGUAUAAGUUUCUCCUGGUUAAAAAUAAGUCUCGCUACAGCUGUCAACUGUCAUGAUGGACAUAGAUUCAUAAAUGUUUUCUGUGACUCACUGUCUUAUGUAGUACACACGUUGGUGGCCAUACAGACAUGAAAAGCAAUUAACUACAUUUUAUUUUACAGAAAAUUUCAUAAUCAAGGAAACCCUGUAAAUAUUCAAGCAUGAAAGUAAUUUUAAUGUUUAUAUGCUAACCAAGAGCAUUUAUGAUGUGAAUAACAAGGCCAAUAGUCCAGCUAAAUUGGUUACAGAAAUGUGCUUGCUCAAUUCUUAAUUCUCCAUUCCUAAGGCUAAAGAGAUAUGUGUGUAACUGCUUUUAUUCUAAUGGUGUACACUUUUUUCUGUCAGAAGAGGGGACACCAUUGCAUCUGUAGUAUGUGGUACUCAGUUAGAUAAAAAUGCAUGCACAUGUAAAUUUAUGAAGUAAAAUCAGCUUCAUCAGUUCCAUAUGUUCUGCCUUGUCCCCCUGCCCCCACAGAGGUAACUGCAGGAACUGACAUCCAACUUUAAACUAGAGAAAUUAUUAUGUUAUUGCAAAAUUAUGUCGUAUACGAAAUUUUUCAUUUUUAUAUAAUGGAAUGCAGGAUGUUAUAUCAGCAUGCCUUCAUUUUGGACUGUAACAUAUCUGGAUUGGGUGCUGUUUUAGGUCUGUAAUUGUUAGUGAGAACAUAUUAAAUGCAGUUAUACAAGAUGAUAAUUUCAAGUUUUGACACCCUGCCAAAGAAUUGCAAAUUGUUAUUAUUUUUUUACUCUAUAGCAAGCAUUUUCUUUUUUGUAACAUUUUUGUUAGAAUGUUUUUCAAAUGACAGUACAAUAUGCAAUAUAAAAAUAACUAAAAUGACAUUAUCUGCAGAUUAGGAAGAGGAAACAAAAGAGAUAUGUACUCUGAAUGAAGUGGCUUUCACUCAUUAAUUGGAUAUUUGUACUUAUAAAUGGUCUGAUAAAUUUAAGUUGCCUCUUGGGCCAAGUCUGUCUUCAGUAAGUCAAUCAAAUGUAAAGAUUAACAAAAGAAUCUUGUGUUAAUGUGUGUUGGAGUAUUUAAAUGUUAACAUACAUGUACAACACUGAAUAACAUUAUUGUAUCAUGAAGGUUAUGCAGGCUAGGUACUGAAGGCAUGCACUUUUACUUUAAUAGCAAUAACAUUUCCUACCUUGAAGGUUAAGGAAUGUGUAAGAUUAAGCACAUUACUUUGGAAUCAAAAGGUUGCAGUAUCACAGUCAAAAUUAAAAUUGCAAAAAACACAUCUCACGGGCAAAGUGCAUUACUACUGUGGCUGAAUGUUGAUUGUAAAACUUGUAUUAAUUUAUCAAUAUCAUUUUUAACAUUAUAAGUUAUUUGUAAGGACUGCAACCUUGUCCAUGAGCAAUAGAAUGACACAGAAAAGAAGAAGAGAGGGACAUAAAGGGAAAGGAAAAGUGCUCUUUUGGUAUGCACUUACUUCCUUUACAGGUACACCUUUAUGUUGUCCCCAUUCUCCGUUAUAUUAUAUCAUUUACAUUUCUGAUUGAGCCAUUUAUUUUCUAUGUUACUUCCUUCGUAUUUAAAAAUCCAGUCAGACCUUCAGAGAGCCAAGUCAUCUUAAUUGAUAACUUUCAUUUUGUUUUCAUUAUUUUUAUUUUUUAAAGUAUCACCAUUUUAAACUUAUUUGAGAAGUCAUUAAUAGUAGGUUUUUAAUAUGAAGUUACAGUAUAAUCCUGAGAAAUAAAUUCACAAUACACAUGGAGGCAGAAAGAGAUAACUAAAAUAACUUAGUAGAUUUUGGAGUAUUUAUACAAAAAUGUUUGUAAUUAAGUUGCAGUUAGCAAAUACAUAACUCAAAACCAUGGUACAUUAGGUAACAAGAAUCAGAUUACAACAGUAAUAAGGAACUACGAAGAAGAGCAAAUCAUAAACUGGCUUUUCAAAGGAGAUGGGGCUAAUUAGUCAAGUCUAUGAAAAUGUCAAAAGCUUAAGCUGUGAAAGAAGUAUCUGGUACAAAGUCAGAAGGAUAAUUAAAUAUAACAUGCACCUCUCAAGUUGUGUAAGUGUCUAUAUAUAAUUUAUUGUAGUUUUCUUUUUUUUUAAAUUAGUGUGAGCGUCAUUUCUGAUUAAACACAACUGUACUACCAUUUACUUUGCAAAUGUUGUCUUGGUCUUGUAAGAUAACAGAUUACAGGAUUAGAAUACCUGGUAAUAGUACUGAGUGCAAAUGCUGCACAUUCUUUAACCUUUAGGUAACGUGACAAAGAAAGGUAACAAAAAUCCACUUUCCAUUAGGUAUUCACUCUGCAUGGGAAGUUUUGGAGGCAGAAAAAUGUAACAUAUAAAACCCCAUAUUAAUUGUAUUUUGUUCAGUCCUCUUCUUGCUGUUUUUUGAAGACCCUUAAUUUUAUUCUUAAGUGCAACUUUCACAGCCUGUAAUGAGGCCUAGCCUGGAAACUAAUGUGUGUAUCAUACCUGCAGCAACAUAUAUCACCCUUUAAUUGUAUUAUCAUGGCUUUAAAUCUAAUUAAUCAGAGAAUAAUUACAAAAGCAGUAGACUGCCUGCUUUAAUUAAAAUGUAGCAUUUACCGUAUAAUCACUGAAAGCUGCAGUUGUUUGUCAUCUUUUAGACUAUAAAAUGUAGUUUAUGAGUGGUUGUAUAUUUCUUUAUAUUCUCAUUACAUGGGUAGUAUUUUAUUUGUGUUCUUAGUCCAUAUACAUCCUUUCAAGUAAUGAAGCAUAAUUUGAGAUUUCUCAUACUGUUGACUUCUGUGUUAUGAUUUACAGUAAAUUGUUACUUCUAACUUUCACCACCACUUAUAAUGUCUUCUGGGGCUGAAUCUGUAUUUAUAUAAUUUAUACCUUUAAUAAUUUAAUAUGACACACUAAAUUGGUCAGCAUAUUUAUUCAAUCUACUUUUUCUGUGAUUGAAAUUAUUGUGUUUGUGUUUUUUAAAAGUGCUAAUGUACUGGUGUUUUGUUCGCAGGAGAUCAGAAAUAUGUAAAUUAUUUUCAAACAAUAUAGUAAGAAGGAAUGCAACCACAUAACAAUACAUUAAGUUAAGAUGAUACGAAAACGUCUUGGUUCUGAACAAUAAGUUCUUUUUUUUUUUUUUUUUUUCCUGAGUGAAACGAAACAUUUAUUCAGAGAACCAAACAAUAAAAUUCUGUAUUUUGAAAAGUCUGAAAUACAGUUGAUUUCAACUACAAACCAAAUACAUCUACAACUGAAAUAAAAAUUCACUCUAAUCAUGUUAGCAGUGUUUUUAAUUUGAUGUUCUUAAUGAAGUAAUGAACUUGAUGCUUGAUGUCAUGUGCAUAUAGGGUUCUCAUAACAGACACACCAGCUUAUGAAAAAUACUCUUGUGUCUGUUUUUGUCAUGAUCUAUAUUGUGAUUCCAUGAAACAAAUAUCAUCUGACUGAUAAUUUAACUGUACCUAUAUGGUGCAAUUAUGCCCAUGCAUCGUCACUAAUAAAAAUUGUUUGUGUGUGAAUAAAAGCAUGUUCAAAUGUAUUAACAGAAAAGUGAAAUAUAAUUUUUACAAUUAUUAUAACUUACAGUUAUCUCUCAAUAAAUAAAUAUUUUCUGCACUGUGUAAAACUAAAAUGAAACUUAGAACAGACAGUGUCUUCUGCCCAAAAGUUACUGAUUGUUAUUUCCUAUGUAUAC